AUGCAGCCUACAAAUAUGAGAGGGUCACCGCCAGAUAUGAUACAGACGCCAUACACACACCGACUUCUCGCCUUCGCCGGACAUGAACUCAGAAGUUACAUGAACAACACUGACCGUUAUGAAGACUCUUUUGCCUCGACAGGACCAUCUGUCGGCUAUGCAAACCAAGGACACACAACACCGGUGGUGACACAAGAUGAUCGAGAAGAGGAAUAUUCGCCGCCGACUCCACCAAGGACGCCGAACCAUUCAACAUCAGCCCCCUACCAACAGCGUAACCACCCAGACGCUCGUGUUGGUGUGAGUAUGCGUUUGUCUCCUUUGACUGUGAAGACCGAUAUGACGUCACCUGAAGACCAGCAUGCCACCUCAGCUGUCUCUGGUGUACAUUCUGAUCCUUGUUCUCUGACGUCACCAAGACACACUAAGUUUCUGGACGACAUGGACAAUAUGCUACAAACUAAACAAGCCAUGGCGCAGUUGUUGUACGAAGCGAUGAAGGAGCACCAGACUAAACUGAAUCCAGUCUCCGCGGCCUACACUGACAGUAAUUUGAAACCUUUCCCCCUUAAAGACCCGCCGAAAUCAAAGUCAAAGUUCAAACGGCAAAUCUCCACAGAAUCAAACGACCCCAGCGAUAUCAAGGUAGGGAUGAAGAGUCCGAUUAAAAGGCUUCAGUCCAAAUGUUAUGACGAGCCAGACUACACUGAAAGGACAAAUCUUCAAAACAGAAACACAUCGAAUGCGCCCCCACAGGGAAGCACCUGUCAGACUGCAGAUGUCCCUAGUAAAGACAGCAAAAAGGAGGAUCCGGCUAGUCAACACCCAUAUGCGAUGAAUGUCAAAUGGAUAUUUAGUGAAACUGAUCCUUCACCUAAAAAGGAGGAGGACUUCACAGAGAUAUCUGUAGUAGAUGAAAUAUCUAAAUCUAACGGUGAAGGUGUGGACAGGUGUGAACAUUCUUUCGCACAGAGCAGCCAGGACGCCUCGCGCAAUAUCGGUAGUUUCCGUACGGUCGAUGCUACAAACAAUGGCUGUAAUCAUAAUAAUCAGGCGGAAAGUAUCAGUAAUGACUUAUACAAGUACCGGAUGGAAGUUGGUAAGACUAGAUCAUCGAAAGAUGAAGAGCAGGACUGUCUCAGUCUUUCGACAAGUCCAAGGAAGACAGGGGAGGUCACCAAGGGUCGCGGAUAUGAUAGCGUUGUGACAGUGCGAGGAAGUGAAAUGACGGGAGGAUACACCUCGGAUCUUAAGUCUGGUGGUGAUUCUGUAAGACAUGGCGAGCACAGCAAACAGAAACUAGGAGAAGAUAUGUACAUGAUGAUGUCCGGACUCCGGAAUCGUGACGGGCGGACAACAGGUACAGCCACGACCGAGAUGUCCCACGUGACCUCCAAGGGAUUCGUUUUCCCGCCAGAAGCGAAUAUCAAAGAGCCUAUUCCAAUGAGUCCGAGAAUUGUAUGUACCCCUACUCGAACAUCAGUCUCCACGGAAUGCGAUUCGUCGUCACGCGCUACGCCGAGAAACGCCUCACAAAGACCGCCAAGUAUGACGUCAACACGUACUACAUCUUUAAGUCGACAGAUGAUGCCGUCUCCCACGUCUAAAGAGCAGACGAUGUAUGGAUGGGACGUCUCUCUUUACCAGAGAGAAGUAGGCAAUCAGAGACGUCGCUUCUUCCAUAGCAUGAGUGACACUGACCAUUCUCCGUCCAAACACGAAAUAGAACAGAUGAAAUCACUCAACCGCACUAUCUCAGAUCCCUCCUGUUUUUCUCCCUCAAAAAAGAACAUGCUAGCCGAAGAAAUAAUCCGCAUGGAUCCCCAGUAUCUGGUGACGGGAGGCCAGUACGACGAGGAGGAGCUAUCUCGCCCGUAUAGUGACGAAGACAGACAGUAUUCCUCAACCCAGUAUCACCAAACCGAGCGGGCUCCGGGAAUUCCCGGAUAUCACGGAUCGGAGUCAGCAAGGCGACAGUUGUUCUCGGAGGCGAGCGGUGCUCCACAUCAAUACAAACAUCGAGUUCCAAGAGAAUCUGCUCGAGAUAGAAUACCAGAUGAUAUUGCCUCUUUCCUCGUCAUGUCCAAAUUCUGCACGGCUGAGGACAUCAUUAGUUUCAAUGAAAAGGACAAGCUAUGUCCGCGAGAUGUGCAGGACUAUCGACUGACAAGAGAUUGGAUGAUGGCCAGACACGUGACCGGAAACUAUCGGCAGUCAGAUGACUUUAAUGUCCGACCACAGGAGGAAUAUGGUUCCAGGCUCCAGAUACCAACACGACAAGUCAGUUAUCAGGCUCCGUCACCGCCACAACGCAAGCGCAAUCGAGGUGAGGUGGAUAUCCGUAUGGUGUGUGAGGACUUCCGGCUAUCUGAUAAAACCAAGAACUUCCGGUUUGCAGACGAUGCUGCCAAGAACUGUCAGUGUGCUAACGUUGAGAACGAGAUUCUCGAGAUGGCACGUGACGCGUUCGCGAAAAUUCGAAGAAAAGAUGAUUCUGCUGAGGCCCAUGAUCAGUUUGGCAAGGAGCUGCAAGAAACUAAAUCUCGCAUCUACCAGGCUUUUGAUAUAUUGAGCGGUGUGAAAGCGAUUUGUAAACAUGAGCGAACCGUUGUAGAUAUGUUUAGUGGCAGUGUUGUGUUCAGGGUUCGAUGCCCUACCGUUUUUGCACUUGACAACCUCUGGGACUCCUAUCAAUCCGGGGAUUUAAACACGAUUGUAAACAGACACUUUGUGUGGGAUUCCUUGCGGUCUAAAUACUCGGACAUGGAUAUAGGGCUGAUUGUGACCAUAGCGGAGGGCGAGUACCAACUGGCUAGGGCAGAAUUAGGCACUUUGAUGUCUCCGGGAAGGUUGGAUAACUCCUUAUCAAAAAGUGACACCGAAAUAGCGAGUAUUACAGGGGAUUCUGUCAAGGAGAACUUUCGUUGUACCAAAGUGUUGUCGUCGGCCUCCCAUCUCGGUAUCAUCCACAGUCGCUGUCAGUCUGCUCCAGUCACACCCUCCCCAGCAUCUAGUCCAUCAUGGCUUCCCAAGUCCCCCAUGUCGCCGCUAGGGGGCGACCGCAAGUUCACAUUUCCUGGUGAACCACGCCGUAUAUUUCAGGAACGAAACAAAGGGUCGUGUUCUCCAACCAUGAAGAAAUUAUUUGAUUUCGAGUUGAACCUUUCUCCGAAGACGUCGCCGAAGAGGAAGACUUUUGCGGAGGGAUUUCCACGAGAAAAUGUUCAUCCGGAAGUUCACUCUCCGAAACGGAAAAAUAAUGGAACAAGUUUCCCUUUUAAAGACAAAAGUAAUGACGUGGAAACAUAA